AUGACAGGUCUGAAAGACGAUGAAUGCAGAACAAAAUUCCGCCAACGUGUGUCUAUUCAUGUUGGAGUACGGACCAGGAAGAAGCUUAGCGAUGCGAAUUCCUUCACAAAGUGCAUCCAGGAAGCUGCAAGGGAAACGCUCCCGGUUCUAUUGCCGCAGAAGAAGUUUGCCUUUGCAUCUGCGGAAACAAAGUCCACAUACAAUUCUGUAUGUGUCGCGCGCAGCGCUGAUGACUUCAACCAGGAAAAGCGUCUUAGAAGGAAGCUGCGUCGUCAGCUGCAAGAAGACCGUGAUAACGAGUGGACGAGAGCGAUGGAGUUUGAGAAAUCGUGGGUGGACAGGAACCUUAGAAAGUUUAUGCUCUACUAA